GCCUUGGGCGAGCUACUUUGCCUCCGGGCUCCUGGAUUCCAGUUUCUCCCGUGCGUCUCAAACUCCCUUCGAGACUCCGAGCGUCCCUCAUCAGUACCGCCCUCCUCAUCUGCCCUACCCAGCUCCGUCUUCCACGCUGCCCCGCCUCCUCAGCCCGCCCUUCUCCCGCUCCAUUCUCCAGGCUGCUCCUCUUCAGCCCGUCCCUCCUCAGCCUUGCCUUCCUCACUGCUCCGCCUCCUCAACCCCGCCUUCCUUAUGGCUUCGUUUUUCUCCACCCUGGCCUUUUAGCUCUGCUUUACUUAUCCUUCUGUUCUUGCCCGUUUGUCCCAUAAGCUCCGCCUUCCUGGAAGCUUAGCCCCGCCCUUCUCUGGUCCAUCUGCUCAGCCCCGCCCUCCUCACUGUCCUACUUUCUUUUAACACUUUUGCAAGCCUUUCACUGGCCCUGCCCAGCUCACUUCACUGCUGCUCCCACCCUCUUCACGAUCCUCCAGCUCUUCAAGUUUACUAUCCCCACUUGAGGUUUACCAUCUGCUCUGCGCAUGCAUGCCACUUUUGUUUGCCAGUGUGCUGGCCUCCUCGCCUCUCAGCAGCCCAGCCUCCUUAGUACACUCCACUCUGGCCCUGUUUCACCCAUUGCACAGCACUGAUGUUUCUUGGACGGAGUUGUGGCCCUCUGGCACAUCCCUGACAAGGAGCUUUCAAAAGUUUUCUUCCUUUCCUUGUCCUCUUGAUUGUUUGUUGUUCAGCCGGCACAGAGAUCCUGACUGUGUGGGAGAGAGGCGCCAUGACAACCCUGGAUGACAAGUUGCUGGGGGAGAAAUUGCAGUACUACUACAGCACCAGUGAGGAUGAGGACAGUGACCAUGAAGACAAAGACAGAGGCAGGGGAGCCCCAGCCAGUAGUUCCACGCCUGCGGAGGCUGAGCUGGCAGGCGAAGGCAUUUCAGUCAAUACAGGUCCAAAAGGGGUGAUCAAUGACUGGCGCCGCUUCAAGCAGUUGGAGACAGAACAGAGGGAGGAGCAGUGCCGGGAGAUGGAGCGGCUGAUCAAAAAGCUGUCUAUGAGCUGCAGGUCCCAUCUGGAUGAAGAGGAGGAGCAGCAGAAACAGAAGGACCUCCAGGAGAAAAUCAGUGGGAAGAUGACUCUGAAGGAGUGUGGUAUGAUGGACAAGAAUUUGGAUGAUGAAGAGUUUCUGCAGCAGUAUCGGAAGCAGAGGAUGGACGAGAUGCGGCAGCAGCUUCAUAAAGGGCCCCAAUUCAAGCAAGUGCUUGAGAUCCCCAGUGGAGAAGGAUUUUUAGAUAUGAUUGAUAAAGAACAGAAAAGCACCCUUAUCAUGGUUCAUAUUUAUGAAGAUGGUGUCCCAGGGACUGAAGCCAUGAAUGGCUGCAUGAUCUGCCUUGCCGCAGAGUACCCCACUGUCAAAUUCUGCCGAGUGAGGAGCUCGGUUAUUGGGGCCAGCAGUCGUUUUACCCGGAAUGCCCUUCCUGCUCUGCUCAUCUACAAGGCGGGUGAAUUGAUUGGCAAUUUUGUUCGUGUCACUGACCAGCUGGGCGAAGAUUUCUUUGCUGUAGACCUUGAAGCUUUCCUGCAGGAAUUUGGAUUGCUCCCAGAAAAGGAAGUCUUGGUGCUGACAUCUGUGCGAAACUCUGCCACCUGUCACAGUGAAGACAGCGAUCUAGAAAUAGAUUGAACUGAUAAUCCAGUUCUGUAGCUGUCUCAUUGUUUGGGCUAGAGGACACAUGUCUGUAUUUAUUUCUGUCCUUCCUGUCUUCUGGCUUUACAGCUGCUCUUUGUAGUCUGGUUUAGCAUGUGGAAAGUCAAGAAACUCAGAUUAAAUCAGAAUCCUGACUCACUUUGUGGCUAGCAGUAAAGCGAUUUCUAAUUAUAUAGACAGGAAGCUGGGUUCUUGAGCUGUUUACAUCUCUAGCGUGACAUCUCUGAAAUUGUUUCCAGUCAAUAUUGACAUGGCACCCUUGAAGGCAAUGUCUUGAAAAUUGUCUUCUGAUGACCUCAGAAUUCCACCAGGUCUGAGAGUAGAAUUCCCUAGUGAGUGUGUUCUGUGCAGUGUAAACAGUGCAUUUCCAUAAUCACUUGAUUGCAAAUCAUGUUUACUUGCAAUCAGACUGUACUUAUUUUCUCCAGAUCCUUUUCUACUAGGGUCCAUACAAGGUUGGGAAUAUAGCUCAGUGGUGAACUCUUAACCUAGCAUACACGUAGCUCCAAGGUAUCUGAUUCCCACCCAGCACUGUCAAAACUAAAGGUUCCAGAUGGUGCCUGAUGCUGUAGUUAGCAGUGGUCUCUGCUGAGGGAGUCACUGGUCCAGUCCAGCAUAAUGAAGUAUGAACAGGAAGGGAUGUUUUCUUGCUGACUGCUGUCAUGAUGUUGGGAAGCAGGCAUCCUAUUGACUGACACUGGUGUGUAUAGAGCUUGAAAACCUCAGUAGGAGGACCUUUCUGUAUCCUGCUCAUCAGCAUCUUUUCCUCUGUUAUUUAGCAAGGUAAUGCUUUGUUUAACCUUUUUAACUUUUUAAAAAGCUUUUUUUGCCUAUUAGAAAAAAAUUCAUAUUUACUAGAGGAAAAUUGGCCAAAAUACAGAUGCAAAAAUGGUUUAAAAAUAUAAUUCUGCCACCUGAAUACUGUAUGUUUUGGUACCAUUCAUAUAUAGGGUUUUUUUUUUAAUGUAUUCUAGGGUUUUUUUUUUUAUGGAUUCAUAGGCUUUGGUUUGUCUUUAAAUGACAUUGGGAUCAUUCUGAGCAUACUGUCAGAUAGUGUGAUCAGUUACUAACAGAAGUUUUUCAUGCUGUUAAAUACUCUUCUGUAAUAUUUUAAUAACUGUUGAUAUUCCAUUGAUUUGCUGAAAUCUGGUGUUUGGGUUUUAGAAAGAUAGCAAACUUUUUUAUUAUAAACUUUCUAUUAUGAAACAUGUUUAUCAUAGAACAUACAAUAAAAAUUAAGUUAAAAAGAUAUUUAAAAGCCAUAAAAUUUUACUACUGAUAAUUACUGUCACCAUUUUUACAGAUCUCUUUCUAGCUUUAUGUGUAUGUGUGUAUUUAUAAAAGUCAUCAUCAUUCAAUUUUUUUCUUCCUUUUGAUUACUCUUUAUAUGUUCUAGUAUCGGGAAAAGAAAUGAAUCUGGAAGUAAAUAUUAGCUUUAGUAUUUACACAUGAGUUUUUUGGUUGCUCAGAAGCUAGCAGGAAAUGAAUCCUGAAAGUACCUGUUGGAGUUAAUCAACAAAAACAGUAUCAUUUUCUGACUAAGGAGCUCAUUGUAGAAGUGAAGACAAUCAUAGGAGCAGAGACAACUGAUGUCAAUAUUCUAGUUUAUUUUUUCCAGUUUUUUUCCCCAUUCUUAAUAACAUUGAUAGUUACUGAAUUCUGUGUUCUACUUUACGUAGCAGUGCAUACUAAAAUACUUUGGUAUAUUGUAAAAGUUCUGAAUAAAUCAGUUGCUUUAUAAUUCACCAUCUAAAUAAACUAUACCAUAUUGACUCA